CAAUUUUGCAACUUUGUAGAUAACAGUAGUUUGUACAAAGGUCUAUACAUUAUAAUUGAAAAUAAUUUGGUAGUGCGCAACCAAAGUUUUUUUUUCGUUUUUAAACUCUUUACAAACUAAACAAAAUAUACUUGACUACAUCAAUUUAGUUUAGGUCAAUAUUCUACCAUAGUAUAAAGAUAUAAUGAUAUGUUCAAUAUCAGGAGAAGUGCCUACUGAUCCAGUAGUAUCGCCAAAAAGUGGUGCUAUAUUUGAAAGGAAAAAUAUCGUCAAUUAUAUAUCUACAAGUGGAACAGAUCCUAUAAAUGAUGAACCACUUACGGAAGCAGAAUUAGUAUCAAUAAGUACAUCUAUUCCAACCAUUGUACCGCCAAAGUUACCGUCUGCUACUUCUAUCCCUAGUUUACUUUCAACAUUCCAAAAUGAAUGGGAUGCAAUCGCAUUAGAAGUCUUUUCACUUCGAAAACAACUUUUUAAAGCACGAGAAGAGUUGAGUGCUGCUCUUUAUCAUCAUGAUGCUGCUGUAAGAGUAGCAGCUAAUGCUAUACGGGAAAGAGACGAGGCUAAGGCUGCUCUUGAACAACUUUCUAUCGCCAUUGGAAAUGGUAGUACCCUUAAUAUAAAUGGAGAAAAUGGAAGUCAAAAUAAUCCUACUUCAGUAUCAUCCAAGGCACCAGUUGAAGAUAUAAACAAUGCUCGUGAUGAACUUUUCAAAUUACAUAAAUCUCAAAAACCUACAUUCUCAGUUAAACCUGAUCAACAAGUUUCCAUUAUCUCCAAAAAUUCAUUCAACUAUCCCUUUAAAAAGAUUUCAACCUUACAUUUUGAUCCAUCUACUAAAGAUAUUUUCAUUGGUACUACCAGUGGUACAGUAGCCAAAUACAACUUGAAGAUUCCUCAAGAACAGUUAUCUAAGUAUACUCCUGCUAAAACUACUAUAACAUCGAUUAAUACCGUAUCCUUAGAACAAAAUUCUGAGCCUAUUUUAGCAUAUAAAUCAAAAUUCAUAAUUGAUAACAAUAAGAAAUCAUUCCCAAAUAACCAUAGUGCAAAAGUAUCACAUAUUUUAGUACAUCCAUCAUUGAAGAAUUUAUAUAUAACCUUGUCAGAAGACAAUACUUGGUCAUUACAUGAUUCAGAAAAAGAAACCACAGAAUCUUUAUUAUAUUCUUCAAGUAAAUUUCCAAAUGGUAUAAUUAGUGGAGAUAUUCAUGUUGAUGGUGCUAUUUUCGGAAUUGGUAAUGAUGAAGGAAAAGUCCAAAUCCUUGAUGUGGCCGAUGGGAAAGUGAUUUCAGAAAUAGAUGUGGGACUUAAGAUUGUAUCCCAUAUUAAAUUUGCCUUAAAUGGGUAUUGGUUAGUAUCGUUAUCGAAAGAUGAUGAUUCAAGUGUAAUUGAAAUCAUUGAUUUAAGAAAAGGAGUUGUAUCUCAUACAUUUGAAGGUGACAAUUUACAAGGUUUUAUAAUUGAUCCAUCAUCAUCAGUUUUAAUAUCUUAUAAUGAAGAAAAUAAAAUCCAACUUUAUAGAUAUAUCAAAAAGACCAAAUCUUGGUCUAAGGCUAUAGCGGAAUACUCAUUAAAGGAAGAAGACGGUAAUAUAACCCAAAUUGAAUUGAUUACUGAUGCUGAAGAUGAAUCAUUCAAGGAGAAUAAUGAGAUUAAAUUCUUUGUAUUGACUGAUAAAUCAUCAAUUAUUGAAUUUGAAUUACUGUAUAAUUAGGUAGUAAACUUUGUAAUAUUAAAUAAGAAUGAAUCUAUAUAGAGUUGAUAACAUUUAAAUUAUUGA